AUGUCCACCAUCAACGUCAAAAUCGAAUUCGGAGGCGGUCUCGAGUUGCUUUUCUCUAAUCAGCGUUCACAUCGGGUGUCUAUACCCUCUCAUGUUCCCGCUCCGACAGCAGCAUCAGACUCUACAGAUGCGGAGACUACACCAUCGACCAGACCGUCAGAUAUAACGUAUCUGAUCUCGUGGUUGAAGGAUAACUUGUUACAAGAGAGGGCGGAGCUAUUUAUUGAGAACGGAACAGUACGGCCGGGGAUCUUGGUACUCGUGAACGAUACGGACUGGGAGUUGGAGGGCGAGGGGGAUUAUCAGUUGAAGGACGGGGACGAGGUCGUCUUUAUCUCGACGUUGCACGGAGGAUAGGGCUUUUCGUGAGUACAUAUGCCUUCUUACGGCUUGGCGCACCCGUGGUCCAUAGAAAGAGAAGGAGCAGUGGUCAUAGCAGAAGUUGCAGAGAGUGGCGCGAAAUAUAUGAUACAGCGUAUGGAGGACAUGUCAUGAAUAUAAAUACCUCCCGUCCUUCAUGACGGCUUGCCUCCCGACCCCGAGCCGCCUCCAAGUCCAAACCAGCUCUUCCAAGACGACUUUGACGAUGGAGACGCCUCAACGCCCUCACUCCCCGCCACACUCCCAUCCUUCUCCACCCUCUCCAAAUUCUCGCUCGCCCGCCUGCCCUCCUCCCUCACCCUCUCCACCUCCCCCCAUAUAUUUCCCUUCCCCUCCUGCAACGCCUCCCCUAUCUCCGUAAUUGCAUUCUCCGCCUUAAACGCCUCCUCCGCGCCCUUCAACCGCUCCUUAAACUCCUCGCUCGCCUUCUUCGCCUUCUUCGCCUCUUCGCGAUCGUCCGGUGCGAGCUGUGCGCGGAGCGCGCCCUGGCGGUAGGCGUAUCCGCAGAUGGCGACGACGGUGAAGGCUUGGGCACCGACGCGGACGCGGAGCCAUUUGUUCAUGUCCAUGGAUUUGCCUUGGCGGAGUUUUAUGGAGGCCAUGGUGAGGGCGGCGCAUGUUGCCAAUAGACCGACGGGAAUCAGAGGCUCCUCCUUCAACUUCCGCGAUGCUUUUUGAGUAAACGUCUCGCCCUCGGCACCGACAGUGACAGCUACGGGAUGGCUCAUGGUCGGUGGUUUGGCUUAUGAAAGAGAAUACUAAAGAAUGUAGCCGCUGGUGUGAUUCCAGAAGAGUACAGCAGAUCAACCCUCACUGCUCAGUACUACUUGAAUGCCAGUUAUGUAGACUGCAAGGUCUCUAUUGGAGAGUAUUAGGAGCAAGCAGCGAGCUGAUAGCCAACUG